UAAGAGCAAGUGGGACAUAGCGGUGCGAGAAAAGGAGAGGAGGGGGAGAAGAAAGAGGAAUUAAAAAAGAAAAGGAAGAAAGAGACAGGGAGGGAGGAGGGAGAGCGGGCGAUAAAAAAAGAAAGAUGACAUCCUCGCAGCUGAACGGCCGAGGUGGAGCGAUAGGCUGCGGCCCGGCGAGAGCGCAGCUCGCCGGGGUCAGGGCUUGAAUCCAACAACGAGGCUUCGACAAACACCCGAUUGGCCUAUUGGGGGAAAUCGGAAAAAUAGAUUCAUAAAUUAAAAACAAAGCAUGACCCGCCGUGCUACCAGAUACGUGUGUUAUAACCCAUAUUUGUUCUCGUGCGUCAAAACGCAUUGAUUUCACGCAGACUGGUUUAUGUUUGUGGCGAAAGUGUGAUUCUGUCAGAUGCGGGUUUUUGUUGGGUUUUUUUUAAUUAUUAUUUUUGUUUUUGGAAGUAGUUUAGUUGUGUGAUGUUGCGAUUUUUUCUAAAAGUAAGGAUUGGUGUUAAAUGAAUUAAAGUUAGAAACCAAAGUCCCGGAGCGACGGGCCGCGUCUUGGAGCUGGCCUGCUCCACACUGCCUGUGUACCGCAGCCUGCAUUAGUCAACAGCUGCGUGCAUUUUAAUUGACAGCACAAGGCUACCUCAAUGAGAGAAACAAACAUAUUUUUUGCUAGACGACUUUGUUUUUCUUCCGAGAGGAUCCGGGAGCUUUAGCAGGACGAAGCGCGUCGAUCACCGCCGGGCCGAUCCGAGCCAUGCCAAGGCUGCUCUGCUCGAUCUCAAUCAGGAGCUGACUUUAUAAUCUCCAUCGCUGUGGCGCAAAAUGGAUGCUGCUUGGAGCAAUUUUCUCUUCCAGAGUACUCCCACCCAAAACCAAGUGGAGGGGAGCCUCCAAUCAGAGCUGAUGCCAGUGCAUACGAGUUCUCCCCAGACCCCACCCACAGAGCACAUAGCUCAGCCUCCUUCAACUGUGGACACUACUGCUCUGAGUGAGGAGCCCCUGCCUGUGAAGCCCGUGUCCCGGCCGGCUCGCGCCCAACACAUCUGUGCCAUCUGCAACAAGCAGUUCAAGAACAACUACAACCUGCGGCGGCACCAGUCGGUCCACACUGGGGUACGCAUGAAGGACAGGGCCAGAGAGCAGGCGGAGGGAGCGAAGGAGGGAGCAGCCGGCCAGGUGGUGGCGGCGGCGGCGGUCCCGUCGGUGAUGGCGGUGGGGGUCGGAGGGAGGGCGGAGAGGCCCACUGUUCCCCUCUCCCUGCUGCACCUCUCCGCGCCUCCCCCUCUCGCCCCUCCCGGCCUGCUGGCGGGCGCCCAGCAGCCUCCCCUGGGUGCUCAGGAUGGUGAAGGGGUUGCCAUGCCAAACGUAAUGGCUAGUGUUAACCCUCAUGCUCCGCCUCCUGCUGCUGUCGUCAUGGCCACAGGGGCGACAGUACAGCGGCCCACAAAUCCCAACCCCAACCCGGUGAGGAAGAACCACGCCUGCGAGACAUGUGGAAAGGCCUUCCGAGACGUCUACCAUCUGAACCGCCACCGCCUGUCCCACUCGGACGAGAAGCCUUUCUCCUGCCCCAUCUGCCAGCAGCGCUUCAAGAGGAAGGACCGCAUGAGCCACCACGUCCGCUCCCACCAGGGCGGCGUGGAAAAACCCUACAUCUGCCCCCACUGUGGCAAGGCUUUCUCCAGGCCCGACCAUCUGAACAGUCACGUCCGACAGGUGCACUCCUCGGAGCGACCCUUCAAAUGCCCCACCUGUGAGUCCAGCUUUGCUACGAAGGAUCGCUUGCGUGCACACAUGAUUCGCCACGAAGAGAAGGUCCCCUGCCACAUCUGCGGGAAGCUCCUGUCCGCUGCUUACAUCACAGAUCACAUGAGGGUGCACAACCAGUCGCAGCAUCACGCCUGCCACCUCUGUAACCGCAGCUUCACCACACUGACAUACCUUCGUGUUCAUGCCCAGAAGCACCACGGCCAAGAGUGGAAGGACAGUCCGGGCGGCUUCGGCGGCACAGCCUCCGGCGGCGUUCUUGUCUGCCACUUGUGUGGCGUCCACUGCAAGACGCCCACCCAGCUGCAGGGCCACAUGGGCACCCACACCAACAGCCAGGCCGCCCCGAGCCCCAUCACCUCCAACGUGGCCGCCAGCAGCUCCGUCUCCCUUAGCAACAUGGUGACCGCGCCCACCGUCUAUGUCACCGGCAACACGGUGGUGGACCUGCUGGUCACGGACUGCUCUAGCAUCGCGGCGCCGCAGCAACACAGUUAGCAGUUAGACAGCUUAGCAGUGAUAACCUCAGUCCCUUAGCAGAGGGCAAGGUUAGAGAAGGUUGCAGUUACUCGUAGAUGCUGAUCCGGUUUCAGUUUUGUCACUUAUAGGUAUAGGAUUAAGGAUUGGGGGGGGAGGAGAUUAGUCGACGGCAGUUUCACCUCAGAGCACCACGGGGAAAAGGCGGAAAGUUAACAAAGGACUGAGAAGACGAACUGGCUGCAGCAGGUUCACUGACACUAACGACAAACAUGGAUGUGCUGUCCGGAUAUUCCUGAAUGCUCUCGUGCAUUUAAGACUCCAAUGAAACUGUGGUAUUGUGGGCAUCUACUGUAUUACUCUCCCCUCUCUGCCCUCCCUCCCUCUCUGUCCCUCCCUUAAAACCCUGGCAUUGGCUGCUCUCUGCAAGUGCACCAAGUACUGUAUAUCUCACACCAGCUCUGAUCUUACCUCCAUUUUGCAACUCACUUACUGAGAAUCCAAAUGGCUUGCGUUACAAAGUAGCAGGGAGAGAGAGUAGCUCUCGGUUAAAAACAAGUAAAAGAAAAAAAAAAAAAACAACAAAAAAAAGUACAUUAGACGGGAUGUUGUGUGUUUGAGUGUGCGUAAGUCUGGGCUCCUCUCGCAUGUUAGCUUGUUUGUUCACUAAAUUUAAGAUCAACAUUUGAUUUCGAAGCCGUAACGCUAGUUUAUUAAGUCUCUAACUUGUGGGAUGUUCAUAGAUCAGGACAGAAGAUCAUACUCGCUGUGGUCGGUAUUGAAAACGUGGGAUGUAUUCGUUCAUUUGUUUCCUAAAGGUACAAGAGGUAAAGAAGAGAGUUUCAGGAGCGUCAAGCACCUUAAAAAUUGCUAUUGGUGGAUUCAGUAAGGAUCAAAAUGGGUUUGAGAUUUCUUGGAUUUUUCUUGCUCUGAGUCUUCCUCUCUGGGUCUGGCCUUUAAAAAAAAAAAAAAGAAGAAGAAGAAACAACUGCUAAUCAACACUUCAGCUUGUGACAUAGCAAUUGUUGCACCUGAGAACUACCUUUUGCAUGAAAAAAAAUAAAAAAACAAGCUAGCUCAGUCAUGCUUAUUGUUAGGGAGCAGUCAUGACAAAAGAAACUUUCAGCAGCUCCACUAAGUUAGUCGGCUGUAAACAAUAAUAUUUAUGAAAGUGUUGAUUUUAUUCAGAACAUUUUUAAACAUUGUUGGCCAUUCAUUUGAUUGUAACCUGUCAUUGCCAUAGUCCUUCUUUUUUUUUUUUUGUUUUGUUGUUUUCUCUACGUACCAGUCCAAUGAGUGAAACUUAUGCAUUAGAUUUAGUCGUUUUAACUCUCUGUAUAGCACAUAACGUUUUGAACGCAAGUCAUUUAUCGUUCUCCAUUAAUCAUGUGAAGAAUGGUCACGUGUCCGUCGGAUACUUUGGUUGCUUUGAGUUUAAUCGUGAGUGAUGUGCGUGGUGUCGGAAGGGCUCCUAAAGUCACAAGUCAGGAGUCCAACGGGGGUCCGACGACACCGCUCGGUAUGCUGUAAACAAAUCCUGGUUUUGUACUGGAGUGCUUUUCUUUUUUCUUCUUCCAGUUUUGUGUUGAUAUGUUACCUUGAGAUUUGUAGACUUGUUUCUUUCUUUCUUCCUUUUUUUUUUCUUUUUCUUUUUCUUUCUUUGGAAAAUGUGUUCUUCCUGUUGAGAAAAUUAGUGAUUUAUUACGAGUUAAUUUGAGCUUUUCUCCAUCACACUAAGAAAAAAAUAAUACCUCUACUCUAGGAUUCUGUACAGCUCUUGUGAUACAUCUUAAUGCCUUAUCGUACUCAACUGCAUUUUAAUUCUUUUAUGAUAAAAUAUUUCAAAUCUUAGUCAUGGAUUCAUUAAGAAUAUUAAUGGGAUGUAUUUAUAUUUAUAUUUUUAUAUUUCUCAACAGUAUGCAUGUCUAAAAGGUUGUUAGAGCAAAAAAAAAAAAAAAAUCAAUGAUGCUUACUACAGUCAUAAAUAUUCUGUUAUUUUGUAGAUGAAGUAGAGAUCAUGUUAUUAUUUUGUAAUUUGGACAAUUUAAAGUAAAAAGAGUAAACGGGCAUUGUUUUGUGUGCUGAUCAUUUCAGUUGCUUUGACGGAUACUUAAAGAGGAGUUUUGUUUUUUUUUGUUUUGAAUUCACAAGCAAAAAACACGAGCAUAUCACAGACUGCAACAUGCAAAGGGCGACGAAGGGAAUCCAUAAAUGGGUAACACAAAAAAGUAAUAAAACUAUAUUUGCUUUUA